UUUCUCCACGUGAUUUAGCUCAGGGGUGAAUAAUAAUUAUUUCAUGUUUGGGAGUGAAUUUUCCUGUUGCUGGAUGCAAAAUGAGUGAAGUUGUGGUGAGUGGGGUGAGAAGGUUGAGCACUAUCUCAGAGAAGGACGUGGACCCUGGUGAUGAGCUCCAGUCUUCAGGAGAGAGUGAAUGGAGAGGAUCGGUCGCGUCGCUCUGCUCGUGUGGAAAGCCCAGUGUGGACAGCAGCACGCUCGCAUCAUUUGAGUCCUAUCAGCCUGAUGCUGCAGACGAUUGUGCAACCCUGCUCCUGGCGUGUCUCUACUGCCGCUUCUGUGACAUCAUGACCCUGCUGCCGGAUGCUUGUGAGAGGGGCUUUAACCGUUGCUUCCCCUCUUACAAGUAUUUCAACGCCACCAACGAGCAGAACAAAGCCAAAGACUGCUGCAGCUGUAAUGUGGAUUUUGACUGCGGUCUAAUGAACUCCUGCCACGAGACCAGCGAGUUACUCGAGCUGGCUAUGGAGAUAUCAGAAGUCUGCUACCGCUAACAGUCUGAACUGUCUGAGAUUGUCAGUGUUUGAUUCCUAAACAGAUUAAGCCUUCUCUGAGCUUAAAGUGCAGGUGCAGGAGGCCAAGAAAUGUAGUGUAAAAGGUGUCGACAAAGCAAACACACAAUGAGUGUUUUUACACAACAAACGCAUGCAACGUCAAACGUGAUUUGCUUGUUGUCAUAUGUUUAAGCAGAUGAAUGCAGCUAAAUACACUCUUAAAAAUAAAGGUGACAUACAAGAACACUUUUUUGUCUACACUCUUAAAAAAGGUGCUUCAAAAGGUUCUUCGAUGCCAUAAAAGAACCAUUAACAUCUGAAGAACCUUUCUGUUUAAAAAAAGGUUCUUUGUGGUGAAAAAAGGUUCUUAGGAUUAUAAAAAAGUAAGAAAGAGAUGGUUCUUUAAAGAACCUUGGACUGAAUGGUUCUUUGUGGAUCCAAAAAUGGUUCUUCUAUGGCAUCGCUGUGAAGAACCUUUUAAGCACCUUUACUUUUAACAGUGUAAAUGGUUUCAUUAAGAACCUUAAACAUCUGAAGAACCUUUCUGUUUCAAAAAAGGUUCUUUGUGGCAAAAAAAGGUUCUUCAGAUUAUAAAAAGCAAGAAAGAGGUGGUUCUUUAAAGAACCUUUGACUGAAUAGUUCUUUGGGAAACCAAAAAUGGUUCUUCUAUGGCAUCGCUGUGAAGAACCUUUUGAGCACCU